AUGGGCGCCGAGAGCGGCCGGAGGCUACGUGUUGGCCGCCUCCGCCGCCGCGCCGCCGCGCUACUCGUCGCCGUCCUCCUCGCCGCGGCCAUGGUUGCCACGGCGGGGCGGCCGAUCCGUCUGCCAGCGGCGGCGUUGGCGAGGAGGCGGAUCGACUCGUCGACAGCGAUCGACGGCAGCGCGUGGGCCGACGGCGGCACCGCCGGCCCCGCUCGCCGGCGGUGGCUGAUCGGCCCGGGAUCAUCGCCACCGACGUGCCGCGCACGGUGCGGGCGUUGCUCGCCGUGCCGGCCAACCCGGGUGGCGAUCCAGCCCGGCGUCGGGCCGCAGUGGGAGUACUAUCCGGAGGUGUGGCGCUGCAAGUGCGGCAACAAGCUCUUCAUGCCCUGAGCACGGCCGGCCGGCCGGCCCGGCCCGGGGUUUCUCGCUUGUUCUUGAAUUGAAGGAGAAAAGUGCCGGCUGGGAGGUGCCGGUGAUUUUGCAGGAGGGUACGGACGUAAAAAGAAAAGGGGAGUUAGGGAGGAGAUCAACGAAGGAUGGUAAAGCGCCGGGCGAUGGUGUUGGUUAGGCAAUUAGGCGUGCGUGUGCGACCGUGGUGUUUGUGUAUAUGCAAAUCAAGAUCUUAAUUACUACUUCUACAUGUUGCUCUUCCCUUUUUUUUCAUUUUUCUUUGAAACCGUUCGAAUUCUUUUAAAUUUUGGACAACGUUCAUCAGGGCCUUGUAAGUAUGAUGUGUAGAAGUACCUUUACAUGGCUGUAAGUACUGGCAACAUCCUCCCGGUCUAGCCGGGGAUCGAUGCAAAAUUAUGUUCAUUUAUUUGGGGUGAUA